AUGCAUCAGCAUCCCCACGUCUCGCUGCUCCUUCCGCUGCUGGUGGUAGUGGUGGUGUGCUGCGCCAGCGGAUGCGUCGCCGCCGAGUCGUACAAAUGCACGUUCGACGAUGUGGUGAAGGAGAGUGGCUCGCAGGAGAUUGCCGUGGUGAAGGAGGUGGAGCAGAAGGGGCAGAACGGAUGGCAGGCGUACACGCUCUCGACAAAGGAGGAGGAGAGUGAGAGGAAGCCGAUACGCAUCAGUGUGUCCACACUGGAUCUGAAUGAUCCGACCAAGUACUGCGGAAGGGAUGGCCUGUUAGUUAAACUCCCAUUUUUAGGUAAUGAAAGGAAGCAAAAGACAACUCUGAAGAACGAUGCGAUGAAACGCCCAUAUUUUCUCGGGGGCACUUUCAAAUGCGAAGCAUCAGACGUUCUCACUCCUGAACGCAAGGCCGACCUCACCGACAAGAUCCUCCCCGCGGCUGUUAAACUCCACACAGACCGUCUCCGCGUGAAUCCUCUGCCCAUUCCGUUUAUUGUACCCGAGUUCGACAAGAAGAGUCUGUGCAGCAGCUUCACUGUGCCUGAAGACCACCGUGCGAAGGAAGGGAAGGGUGUUAAUGCCGACAUGGUGCUCUACGUAGGAGCUUGGCCAGGAAGUGUAUUCGCUCUUCCGUGUGGCUCUGGGGCCUCGAGGGCGGGGGCGUCCUGUUGCUGGCGUCAUGAACUUCCCGCCCUCCGGCUUCCGUGA